AUGGACUACUCAUUCGAGGAUAACACCUCCUUGUCCCCUCCGCCGUCACCGUCCAUCGCAUCGUCAACGUCCGACGACUCCCGCCCCCCAUCUCCCUCCCCCAGCUUCUCUUCCGCAUCGUCCACCUCCACAUCCCCAUCUACUCUUGCCUCCCGCAAGAUCCGCCUCGUGCCGAGCACACUAGCCCUCGCCGACGCCGUCGUCAUCGUCCCGCCCGCGCCAUCUACAGCCAGCUCCGCAGCCAUCGGACCCAUACAGACACCACUGCUUCUCGUCGGGCCAGCUCUAGAGCGCCUACGAUGCCCUCAGCGCCAGCUGUCCAAGGGCGCGCGGAUACAUCCGUACCGCAUCGUCCGCGGCGGCGGUAGCGGCAGCAUCAGCUCUCGCAGCUCUUCUUCGAGUUUCGCAUGA